GUGCGCACAGUCUCCAUCCCGGCGUGUUAUAUAACAGCGACGGGGAGCUCUCUGAUUGGCCGAGGGCUCAGGAUCCGUCAGAAGACUACCAUCCAGGCCACCGAGCUCCACCACUCUGCCAGCUCUUUUCAAAGACGACAGCUGGAAAAUUACAGUCUUUCUGACUCCGCAGCCAUGUCCCUAAACGUCCAGAUAAACAGCCCCAAUGUGAAGUACACAGACGCUCACAUCGUGGCGCAGUAUUCGUACCAAACCACGUCAGUGCGCCAGGAGGGAGGCACACUUAAGGUGACCCCCCGCAGCACCGAUCUGACGUUUCGCACCGAGAGGCGCGUGCCGCGGCUGGGGGUGAUGCUCGUGGGCUGGGGGGGCAACAACGGGACCACCGUGACUGCAGCCGUGCUGGCUAACAAACUUGGGCUCACCUGGAGGACCAAAACUGGAGAAAAGAAAGCGAACUACUUCGGCUCCCUGCUGCAGUCGUCCACCGUUUGCCUGGGAUCCGGGUUAGAGGGGGAAGUCAACGUGCCUUUCCGGGACCUCCUCCCCAUGGUGCACCCUAAUGAUAUCGUCUUUGACGGUUGGGAUAUCUCCGCAAUGGAUCUGGGCAGUGCAAUGGAGCGAGCCCAGGUGCUGGACUGGUCACUGCAGGAGCAGCUGCGAGCACACAUGAGCCGCUUCAAACCAAGGCCGUCCGUCUACAUUCCAGGAUUCAUUGCCGCAAACCAGGAGAGCCGGGCAGACAAUGUCCUCACUGGAACCAUGGCCGAGCAGCUGGAGCAGAUCCGAGCUGACAUCAGGGACUUCCGCCAGUCCAGCGGUGUUGACAAAAUCAUCAUUUUGUGGACAGCCAAUACUGAGCGCUUCUGUGAGAUCAUACCAGGGGUCAACGACACGGCCCAGAACCUUUUGGCUGCAAUCCAGGCCGGAGCAGAGGUUUCUCCCUCCACACUGUUUGCUGUUGCCAGUAUACUGGAGGGUUGCGCCUACAUCAAUGGCUCCCCACAGAACACCUUCGUCCCGGGGGCUGUGGAGCUGGCCAUGCAGAGAGGCGUGUUCAUCGGGGGUGACGACUUUAAGUCGGGUCAGACAAAGAUCAAGUCUGUGUUGGUGGACUUUUUGGUCAGUUCUGGUAUCAAGCCAACCUCCAUCGUCAGCUACAACCACCUGGGCAACAACGACGGGAAAAACCUGUCGGCCCCUCAACAGUUCCGCUCAAAGGAGAUUUCUAAGAGCAAUGUGGUGGACGACACGGUCCAGUCCAACCCCAUACUCUACCGGCCGGGAGAGAAACCCGACCACUGUGUGGUGAUAAAAUACGUUCCGUAUGUGGGAGACAGCAAGCGCGCUAUGGAUGAAUACACCUCGGAGAUAAUGAUGGGCGGGAUCAACACGAUUGCGCUGCACAACACUUGUGAGGACUCUCUACUGGCCAGCCCAAUCAUUCUAGACCUGGUGAUCCUGACAGAGCUUUGUCAGCGUAUCAACAUCCGGCCACAGGGGGAGAAGGACUUCCAGUCCUUUCACAGUGUGCUGGCAUUGCUCUCCUUCCUCUGCAAGGCCCCCCUUGUCCCAUCAGGGACUCCUGUUGUCAACGCCUUCUUCCGCCAAAGAGCCUGCAUUGAAAACAUCAUGAGGGCGUGCAUUGGCCUUCCACCUCAGAACCACAUGCUGCUAGAGCACAAGCUGCAGAGGGACUUUCUGCCUCUGCACACGGACUACGGCGAUGACGUGACCACUUUGAAAAAAGCGUCUCACAUCAAUGCAAAUCAAAGAUUUGUGCCAAUGACAAAUGGCAUAUAUGCACAUGAGGACACAGCAUGUGCGUUAUGAAUGCAGAAAUCCAAAAACCGCACGUGACAGAAAUGAAAGUUCAAUGAGUGUAUGCAAAGGCUAUUCCUGUGAAAAAAAGCCUGCAACGAUCAACAUUUCAUUGUAAAAAAUUAUGAGGUCAGCUUGAGUCUGAGAUCUGUUUGAUAGUCGUGUGUUGUAAGUUUGACACUUUUAAACGCUCCUCACAAUUUUGAUUAUAUCUCAAAAUGUGUGUUUGUUUUUUUUUAGGGUUCCAAUUUUGUGUGAUUUCUGAUUCAUAGAGGUUUGUGUGUAGAUCAGACUGAAUGCACUGCUGUUCCUCGGAGCAGAAGCGCUGUUUACAAAGCUGUAAAUUGGAUCUGCUGUAAUUGCAACUUUUAGCACAUUCACUUGAAUAACCUUCUGUAUUAUUUUAAAAGUUGUCGUUUGCUGCCUUUUUUUUCAGUAGAUAGCAGAAGUUGUUUGUGUGUAAAUUGACUAUGUACAUACAAUAAACUUCAAUUGA